AUGCCUAAUAGAGUUCUCGGUGUUUCUCCAGAUGCGUCGCAGAGAGAGAUUCGCAUCGCCUAUAAACGAGAGUCCCUCAAAUCACACCCCGAUCGAGUACCGGCAGACUCGCCUGAACGGCCCGCGCGAACACGCAAAUUCCAGGAGAUUAAUGAUGCCUACUACACACUUUCGGAGGAGUCACGACGGCGAGAGUACGACGCAUCACGGGGCGCUGAAGAGGACGAAGUGCCCAACGAUAACGGAGGGUUUGCAUGGUCAAAUUUUGGGUUCAGCUCCGCGGACCGCGAACAACAGGCCUCUGACCAGUUCGGAUCAGUGUUUGAGGAGAUGCUACGCGAAGAAGGACUUGCCAGCGAGGACGGCGGCGGUACGCGGCCUACCUCGCGAUUCUGGUCGGUGGUGGGUGGACUCAGCGGCGGCGCGCUUGGGUUUAUCGUGGCCAAUGCUCCCGGUGCCCUCGCUGGUGCCGUGGCCGGAAACCGCCUCGGCGCCGUCCGCGAUGCAAAGGGGAAGAGUGUCUAUGCCGUCUUCCUGGACCUUCCACAGAGCGACCGUGCUCGACUUCUGAGUGAACUGGCAGCCAAAGUCUUCCAGACAACCAUGGGGCGAAUGGCACAUCAGAAAUCCGUCACGGAGGUUCCACGCUCAAUCCUCCCCCGUUUGACAUGGAAUGGCGCCUCUGCUCGAACCACACUCCCUCCGCCGCAGACAACCGCCCUCUCGGCUCGACGACAACAGAAGCAACGACACCUACACAGCUGGAACUCCACUGGACGGCAAUUACAUACAUUAACACUCUCCUCUCGUUCCUCCGCCUUAUCAUUCAGAGGGCCAGGAUUGUCGUUAUCACCGGUUAGGCAAACAUCGGCCUCAAACCCGACCAGUCGCCCAACCCCCGCUGGCAACCCGGUUCGAUACAAUGGCGUUUAUGUCGCUACCUUCAAAGUCGCACAGCGCGCCUUCCAUGCCUCGGCAGUUCGGCCAAGAGAUCACCAUUUCGAUACUUUGAAGUUCGUCCAGCGAUUAAAAGAUGAGGGGUUCAGCGAGGAACAGGCCGUUUCUAUGAUGCGAGUCCUGAACGAUGUGAUUCAAGAAUCAAUCCAGAACCUAACCCGGACAAUGGUUCUCAGAGAGGACGCCGAAAGAUCCACGUAUACACAAAAGGUCGAUUUCGCUAAGCUUCGCUCCGAACUCCUUAAUGCGGAUUCCACGGAAGCACAACUAACCCGAUCAUCACACGAAAAAAUCGCUGCCGACCUCGCCAAACUUAAUUCUCGCUUACGAGACGAAAUAGGGCGCACACAGGCGUCUGUACGCCUGGAUUUGAACCUUGAAAAGGGUCGUAUUCGGGAAGAAGCAAACGGCCAAGAGAUGCGCAUUAAGGAGACUGAAACCAGAAUUGAGCAAGAGGUUGCAGGGCUGAGAGAGCGGGUGGAGGCUGUCAAAUUCUCAACACUGCAGUGGCUUAUGGGUGUUUGCACUGGUACCGCGGCAUUGAUUCUUGGUGCCUGGCGUACUGUGCCUUAUACUCUGGCAAUUGCAUUUGCGGCAAGUGAUGCGCUCGAGGCCAAUGCCCCCGCAAGCAAACGUCGGAGAUUAAACACCGGGGCUCAUCUGAGGGAGCUGAACGGCCUGUCCUACUUACAGACCCCUCUAGGCUACGUGCCUCUGGCCCGUUUGCACUUAUACUUGGAAUUUGGAAGCGAGAAUUUGGACAUUGAAGGACCCAGCGACUCAGCCGAAGCACCCACAAGCUUACCCGUCUUUAUUCAAACGGCUAGAAACCUUCGAGCCCCGCACAGUGCAUCUGGCCUACAUCAGGCACCGUGUGAUUGCUUCGAGUUGGAACUUACUACUACCUCAGAACAAAAUAUUAUAUUUAGGGACCGUAUAGAUCAGUUGAAAUUAUCUGACAUUGGCGAGCACCUGGAGCUUGCUCGGAGUCUUGUUUGUGCCGACCGUUAUUCCAGAAAACAGCCCCCUGUUUGUUAUCAGUCGACUCUACACCGUUUAUCCGAUCAGAAAAGGUUUCAGCUUGAAACAGUGAUACUAUGGAAAGACUCAAUAGAUAUUCAGGAUCCUAAAAACCCAUCAUUAUCUAGAGUAUUCUUCAAAUACGUUUUGCAAGAACCAGACGGCUAUCGAAGUCAUGAGGAGAAACGUCAGCGACCUAGGAAUGGACUUGGCUGGUCUCCUCGCGACUUUUAUGACAACGUAUACGUGCCGCCGGACACGCCAACCUCGUCCUCGGAGAUCAAAUGCGACCUGAUCGAUUGUCAACUGUUCCCGUUUCAAAGGAGAGCAGUUAGGUGGCUUCUGCAGAGGGAGGGCAUGGCACUUCAGCAGAACGGGCAGGUGGUACCCAUCCAAAAGCAACCGCAGGAUCAGCUACCCGAAUCUUUCGAAAGAAUUGUCGAUGCAGACGGCAGACUGUGCUUUGCCAGCCAUCUAUUUAUGAUAGUCACCAGUGACUUAUCAAAUUGGUUCGAUGCGAAUGUCCGCCUCAAUGGUGGUAUACUUGCAGAGGAAAUGGGCCUUGGAAAGACGGUUGAGAUGAUCGGGCUGAUGUGCCUCAAUCGCCGUUUGCUGUCCCCCGAGGAAACCUUUUCGGACAGCCACUCAGGGAGUCUAAGACUAUCAGGCGCCACAUUGAUUAUAACACCGCCUGCAAUUCUUGAGCAAUGGGAGCAAGAGAUUUUGACUCAUGCACCCGGCCUCAGUGUCUUUCAUUACACGGGAAUCCAACGUCAUCAGGCACUUUCGGAUCAAGAGCUGGUGGAGAUGAUUGCUGAUUACGAUGUAGUACUCACCACCUACAAUGUCCUCGCACGAGAAAUACAUUAUUCUGGCGAUGCUCCGAAGAGAAAUUUGCGCCACGAGAAAAGAUUUGAACCUCGCAAAACGCCUCUCGUUCAAGUGUCUUGGUGGCGAGUCUGCCUCGAUGAAGCCCAGAUGAUUGAGAGCGGAGUCAGUAAUGCAGCCAAAGUCGCGCACUUGAUCCCUCGCCAAAAUGCCUGGGCUGUUACUGGAACGCCGCUUCGCAAAGACAUUAAGGAUCUGCUCGGUCUGCUGCUUUUCCUCCACUAUCAACCUUUUGUGGUGGCAUGGAAUAGACUCUCCCUCGAGUUUCGGCUUGUGCUAGCGCGCAUUGUUCACAGUAUUUCGCUUCGGCACAGCAAAGACCACGUCCGCAAUGAACUUCAUUUGCCGCCUCAGAAGAGAGUUGUCAUCACAAUCCCUUUUACUGCCGUCGAGGAACAAUAUUAUGGACAGUUGUACGAAGAAAUGUGUGAGGAAUGUGGCUUUGACCUAUCGGGAGCACCGAUCAAUGAUGACUGGAGCCCGGAGGACUCUGCAAUUAUCGAAAAGAUGCGAAAUUGGUUAGUCAGGCUUCGACAGACGUGUCUUCAUCCUGCUGGGAAUCAUCGUCGAGGGUUUGGUAUCGCGAAUGGGCCUCUGCGGUCCGUGGCUGAAGUGCUAGGAGUCAUGAUUGACCAGAACGACGUUCUUAUUCAAACAGAGGAGCGCUCACUUCUUCUUUCCCAGCUUCGGCGUGGGCAGCUGCUGGAGAAUUCCUUGCACCGGAAAAAGGCGCUCGAUCUUUGGAUGAACUCUUUAGAGCGUGCUGGUGAUAUUGUCAAGGAGUGUCGGGACCGGCUGUCUUCAGAACGGAUCCCUUCUUCAGCCAAGGCCGAGCAUGAUACGAAUUCAGUCGACGCAAGCGACGAUGAGAGCGAAGAGAACGACAAGAAUACUCGGGUUGGUACUUUUCGCCAGAGGCUACGAUCUGCUCUUGAGAUUCAGCAUAUCUGCGUGUUUUUCACGGGAAACGCGUAUUACCAAAUCAAGACCGACCCGAAGCUUACCGACCCCAAUUCUGAAGAAUUUCUGUCCCUACAAAAGCGUGAGGAAGAGGCGUAUGGAAUGGCAAAAGCAAUUCGCAAGGAGAUGCUACAGGAUAUUUCUGGCAAAGUGGGCCGUUUCAUGAGAGAGAUCAGGAAGAAGUCUCAAAGGCAGCAGUUCGUGGCUAUCUCUAAGAUGAGCCCUCAUCUCUACAAUAAAGGGGUGGAGGCUCGCCGCGUACUUGAUAAACUUGAGGAUUUUUGCGAAGCUAUGAAUAACCAUGCCGAUCAGUACAACGAGUGGCGUCAUGCUAUGGUGAAACUAUUAUCCCAAUCACUCAUUGACCAGGAGGACGAGAAUGAGCUCGAAGGCGAUGAGUACGAAAGAUCAACGAAGCAUCAAGACGAGAUGUAUGUCUACAUGGAAGCAUUGCGUGCAAUGUUUGCGGAUCGCCAUGAUGCGUUGACUGGCCAGAAGAACGUCCUCAUCGCCCAUGAGGUCAAGGGUGGCAUAAUCCAGGCGCAAAAAGGGGAAGGUCCCUCCCCGACGCUGUUCCUGGAGUUGAUGGGUACUCGUAGUAACAUAAAGCCCGAUCCUCAACUAGGCUCACUUCGUGGCAUUAUCAGCGAGAUCCGCAGCUUAGCCACCUCUUUGGAGUGGCAAGCUAGUGGAGGGAGCUCGCGAGCCGAGGCAGAGCUGGAAAUUGUCUCGUUGAUCCUUCAGAAUUCCAGCCAGAUGGCUUCAGAACAAGGGAAAAUCGCAUCGAGCUUAGAGAGGGAAGUGGAAUUGUUCCGAGAUACGAUGAACUAUCGCCUCGAGUACUACCGCCAGCUGCAGCAGAUAUCCGACACAGUAGCCCCCUACGAUGAAGAGAGUGUCGGGAAACCUUUGGACGAGACAGCCUUUGCGGCGAAAGUUCGACAGGAGGGCGUGACCGACGAGAAAAUUUCGGCCUUGAGGGCGAAGCGUCGCUAUCUCAUUCAUCUACGGGAUGAAUCAGGCGCAGAUGACAUCUCCAAGAUUUGUGUCAUAUGCCAGUCGAGCUUUGAAGUUGGUGUUUUAACGGUCUGCGGGCAUAAGUACUGCAAAGAUUGCCUGCGCUUGUGGUGGCACCAACAUCGGACUUGUCCAACAUGCAAGAAACGCUUGAAGGGAACUGAUGUCCACCAGAUUACAUACAAGCCGCAGGAGUUUGUUGUACAAGAGGAGAGAACACCAGCAAAACUUGAAAACGAUUCCUCACCCAAGAAGUCCAUAUAUGCUGAUAUUGGCUCGGGGACUCUCAAAGAGAUCAAAAACAUUGAUCUGGAUAGUUCUUUUGGAACCAAGAUUGAUACCUUGGCCCGUCACAUCCUAUGGCUCCGGGAGCAUGAUCCUCGCGCGAAGUCUGUGGUUUUCUCCCAGUACAAAAGCUUUCUGGACGUACUAGGCACUGCGUUCUCACGGUUUAAGAUUGGGUAUAGCAGCGUUGAUAGCAAGGAUGGCAUACAGCUAUUCAAAAGUGAUCCGUCGGUUGAAUGCUUCCUGCUACACGCAAAAGCUCAUUCAUCGGGGCUUAACCUGGUUAAUGCAACCCAUGUCUUCCUCUGCGAGCCCUUGAUCAACACAGCAAUUGAACUCCAAGCCAUUGCUCGAGUACAUCGAAUCGGUCAACAUCUCCCAACUACUGUUUGGAUGUACCUUGUCAAUGAUACCGUCGAGGAGUCCAUCUACGACCUUUCCGUUACACGUCGUCUAUCCCACAUUGCUCGCAAGGAGGGGACAGACGAAGCUCUGGUCAAUAACUUGACCGAAGCGGCCAUUGACUCCGCUAAUUCUUUAGAAGUCCAGGACGCCGCCCUCGCAAAGCUAAUGGCGGGCGGUGCGUCCGGUGGAGAACUGGUCGAGAAGGAUGACUUGUGGCAAUGUUUGUUUGGACGUUCUAAGAACAAAGUGAAUGGCCACUCAGCGGGUGCUGAACGAGAAGUAGCCAGAUUCCUGAGGGGGGAAGCAGCCCAGCAGCGGAGAGCGGACACAAGAGACUAG